CUGCAAGCGUGAAUGACCACAAUUGGCGGGAUCCCAGUGACCACCGUUGGUGCCGUCGCGGUUGGCACAGCGCUCGUGUACACGGGCAUCAAGGUUGUUCGCGGCAAGCUAUAUGACUUUGUCAUUGUGGGACUCACCACGGGGUGGUAUCGCGAAGUGCUGGAACUUCUCAGCCCCAAGGCCCGAAUGCUAGACGUUGGUAUCGGCACAGGCAUGGCCCUUCUUCACAACAAGGCACUCGUGGAGUCGAAGAACCUCUUUGUGGACGGCGUGGAUUAUGACAAAGACUACAUCACCGACUGCAAGAAGAACGUGAGUGCCCAUGGCCUAGAUGACUCGAUCCACGUCCACCAUGCUUCCAUCUAUGAUUACACGUCGUCCACACCGUACGAUGCUGUAUACUUCAGCGGAUCGCUUAUGAUCAUGCCGGACCCUGUGAAAGCGCUAAGCCACACGGCAAGCCUGUUGACGUCGACCGGUCGAAUCUACGUGACUCAGACGAUUCAAACCCAAAAAUCUUGGCUCAUGGAGGUUGGGAAGCCUUUGCUGAAGUUCCUCACGACCGUCGAUUUUGGGAACGUCACGUACGAAGACGACUUCGAGCGCACUGUAACUGCGGCGGGUCUUUGCAUCGUUGUCAACCAAGCGAUCUCGGGGUCGACCAAGGAAUCCGUGCGCUCGUCUCGGUUGUUUGUGCUCGAAAAAAGUACUAAAUAGAUCACCAAGUUGCAUGGUUUGCAACACCCAAACGACCUUGUGCGCUGUGUCCACUGCGGCUACGCUGGGGUUUGAACAUUUUUCCGCCUCGCAACUCGUGGAAUGCCAGCAGUGGCUAAAUUCAAGUCUUCCGGUGCUCUCAGUUGCUUUGAUCCAGCACCCUCGUUCUUGACGUCAAUCUCAAACUUUGCUUUGCAUGAAC